AGCGCCAUCUCUGAGACGGGCGGGAGAAUCUGAGCGGGCCGCGGGGGAGUUCCCGCGAGGGUUGGCGCAGUGGGCGGGCCUGGAUGCCACGUCAGGUCUAAGCCCGAAGCAUCUAACGGAGCCGGGGCGACUGCGAUGGCUGCCGGCAGGCUCGCGGGGGCGGCCGCGGCCCUGGCGGUCUGCGCGGCUUUGCUGUGGGCCGCCUCUGCGCAGCACGAGGGCCUCCACGGACACGCUCACGAGGACGUCCACCACGGGCACGGGCACACGCACGAGCACCUUUGGCACGGGCCUGAGGACCACGCCCACGGGGGCCACAGCCACGCCCACUUCCACGAGGACCACUAUCACCACCUGCACAGCCACGAUGAUCCUGCCAGUGGCCCCAGGCGGGACCAACCCUCCCCCGGGCAAAGGGGGGCACCACCUAGAAGGGAGAAGCUGGAGCCACUGUGGCUGUGGAGCUAUGCUCUCGGGGCCACCCUCCUCAUUAGUGCUGCUCCCUACUUCAUCCUGUUCCUGAUUCCUGUGGAGUCCAACAGCCCCCAGCACCAGGCCUUGCUCAAGCUACUGCUCAGCUUCGCCUCUGGGGGCCUUCUGGGGGACGCCUUCCUGCAUCUCAUCCCUCACGCCCUGGAACCACACGCUCAUCACGGAGAAGGCGCCAGACAUGGCCAUUCCCACGCCAAGCCUUCUAGCCACAGGCAUUCCCACCAAGGCCCUGCGCAUCAACACAUGAUGGCCGUCGGCCUCUGGGUCCUCAGCGGUAUCGUGGCCUUCCUGGUUGUAGAGAAGUUUGUCAGGCACUUCAAAGGGGGACACGGACACAGCCACAGCCAUGCUCACGGUGGUCACCCGCUCCACUCCAUCUCUUCUGCAGCUGCCAAGCCCAAGGGCAGCGAUGACGAAGGGGAGAAGGAGGCGGUCCGAGGGCCAGCAGAGAGAGGGACCCCCAGCAGGAAAAGGGAGGCACAUCUGGAGUCUGCCAUGCAUGUGGCAGGGUACCUCAACCUGGCCGCUGACUUUGCCCACAACUUCACGGAUGGGCUGGCCUUGGGGGCCUCCUUCGUGGCAGGCAGCACCAUUGGCACAGUCACCACCCUCACUGUGCUGCUCCAUGAGGUCCCCCACGAAGUGGGUGACUUCGCCAUCCUCGUCCAGUCUGGCUGCACGAAGCGCAAGGCGAUGAAGCUGCAGCUGGUGACGGCCCUGGGGGCACUGGCGGGCACGGUCUGCUCCCUGCUGGCCGAGGGCGUGGGCGAGGCAGCCACUGCCUGGAUCCUUCCCUUCACGGCCGGGGGCUUCAUAUACGUGGCCACGGUCUCGGUGAUCCCGGAGCUCUUGCAGGAGUCGAGGCCAAGCCAGUCCCUGCUGGAGGUGCUGAGCCUGCUGGGUGGCGUGGCCAUGAUGGUCCUCAUCGCCCAGUGCGAAUAGCAAGACAGCAAUGCUACUGCCGUUAGGGAACAAAGCCAUCUGGAACAUUCCUUCCUGUCAGAGCAUGAUCACUCCUGGCGGUCUGCGCAGACCACCUCGCUCUGCUUUUCUUGAUGGAGGAGUCCGGCCGUUCCUCAAGAUGCCCCUGCCCGCGUGGCACCCACGCUGUCCCAGAGGAUUCCAAGGAAGGCCUGGCCGUGCUGUUUCUGACCUUCGGGUGUGCUGUGGGCAUCAAGGGGAGCAGAAGAUGGGUCUGGCCACCCAGAGGACGAACUUGUCUGCCCAGCACUUCUCUGGGUUCCCACAGGGUACCCUGUGUACCUGUGCAUGGGGGGGAGGGGCAGCCAGUUGGGCAUUUCUUUGCAAUUCCACUGGGGAGUCCCAGACAGAUUUUGUGCAGGCCCCCCACUUUCUGGCAGAUGGUCCUGGUGCAGUUUGAAUUUCCUCCCCUCUGUCUCUUCGUCUCCGUGCCGGGCAUGCUGAGGCAGAAGGCCCAAGGAAGAAGAGAAGAGCAGGCCCAUCUUGGGCACAGAGGCAGGGUGGGGUGGGGGCUGCAUGGAAAUCAUGCUUUCAGGGGAGCUGGCUGGUGAGAGGAGGAGGGAGUUUCUUGGCCCUCCAGACAAGUCUGGCCAGCAGGGGAUGGGGGGGUAUAGAGUAGGGAAGGGAAAAUGGGUGUCUGGGAUGACUGGGAAGAGAGGUUCUGGCACAAGUUUAUUUGAUACAUCUUUCCUUGUUUUGCAUUUUUAUAUGGUGGUGGGGUAUAAUUUGGGGCAACAUUUGUAACAGGAAGAAAUGCAGAUGAUUAGAAACAGAAGAGGUAAUUCCGAACCGGAAAGCUGCGUGAGGGGAGCUGAGCGUCCUGCCUGGGCUCAGUGGCUGCCUCGGUCUGGCGGGAUGUGGUUUUCCGUCAGCCUCCCUGCUCGGGCUGCUCUGGAGGAGGACUCUGCGUUUCUUGGAGGAGGAGCAGAGCGGGAAAAGUGAUUACUUCUGCAAUAAACGCAUCCAGAUUCA